UCUUCAGGAGUCAAAUUCACAGCACUUUGCAUCAGCACUUUGUGCUGGGCAGAGCUUCCCUGCACCCAGGAACCCUGGGUGAGUGGGGCUGCUGGAAAACCCUCCCCAGCAGCACCCAGAGAGGGGCUGGGAAGAAGCAGCCCAGUGCUGAGCUCUGGAGCAGGCAGAGGAGCUGGUCUGAGCCUGGCACUGCAAGCCUGAGAGCAAAGCAGAGAACCCUUUGUGGGAAUGCCCCUUGCAGGGACUCCUGCUCCUGUUAAAAGGAAAAAGCCCACUAAACCCAUUGUGAAGCUGACAGAAGAAGUCAUGCCACAAGAGGUGUCCAAGCUGAACCUGGGGAAGAAGAUCAGCAUCCCCAGAGAUGUGAUGCUGGAAGAGCUUUCCCUCCUCACCAACAAGGGAUCCAAGAUGUUCAAAUUACGCCAGCUGAGGGUGGAGAAGUUCAUUUAUGAGAAUAACCCUGAUGCCUUCACCGACAGUUCUGUGGAUCACUUCCAGAAGUUCAUCCCGCCGGGAGGGCACUACGGGGAGGAUGCCCAAGGCUAUGCCCAGGGCCGGAUGGUGGGAGGAGUGACAGCUGGGCAGCAGGGCUCCAGCCAGCACCACGCUGGUUCCCACAGCCCUGGGAGCAAAGGAGGCCCCGGGGAGAGCGACGGGGAGCACGUCGGGGACUCGGACGGAACCGCCGGAGAAGGAGGCGACGGCGCCGAGAAAGAUGGAAAGGCAGGAGGCAAAAAAGUCACUAUAUUUAAAACUUACAUCUCCCCCUGGGAACGAGCAAUGGGUAUCAGCCCUGAGGACAAAAGCCAGAUGACCAUUGACUUACUCUCAUACAGCCCCAAAGCUGAUUCCCCCCAUUACAAGUCUUUUAACAGGACUGCCAUGCCUUAUGGGGGGUUUGAGAAAGCAGCCAAACGUUUGACCUUCAAAGUGCCUCAGUUUGAUAUUUGCCCUUUGCUUCCGGAUUCUCUCAUGAUGUAUAACCAAAAUCUUGGCAACAGACCCAGCUUCAACAGAACCCCAAUCCCCUGGAUUCCUUCAGGAGACUCCGAGUACCAUAUUGACCUCAGUGCCCCAAGGAGUGGUGAGACAGAAGAGCUGUAAAUCCCCACCACCAAGGCCUUCCUUUUUUUUUUUUUUUUUUUUUUCUCAGCACUUUUUGUUUUCAAGUUGAUAAUAAGGAGCUGAAAAGUGCAACUUGAGUUCUCUCAGACCUUUCUUUAUUUUGCCCUUAGCCCAGGCAAGUUCCUAGCGGGUUCUAAACUUACCUUCACUGUGGUGUUAAUACCUGAAACAGGUUGAGGGAAAGGGGAUUUUUAUUCAGCAGGGAACAAAAGGGCAAAACUAGGAAAUGUGUUCCUGUUUAGCAAUGCUAAAUGCUGCCUGUCUGCUCCACAAUAAAUCUGUUCAGUCACCUUUUAACAAGUAAUAAAACACUGACAGGAAGAAAA